CAGGAAUGGACUGGGGUGUGGCCACAAGACUGACAUGGGGAUGCUCCAAUGUGCUUUUAAUGAGACUGGACUCUUGAGCCAAGAAAAUACAUGAAAACUACAUACAGCCUUUAGGAAACUGAAUUCAAGACUCUAAUCUUUCCUAUUUUACUUAAAACCAGAGAAGACUUGGAAUCCAGACUGUCCUCAGUCUCAAGGAACCCAUGGACAGAACCAUCAGUAUAAAAGGAAUAAGCUGAUCAAGGAUCAUGCAAGAGACAGAGCUUCAUUUACACCCGAGAGUGUCCAAAUGCAGCAGAGCAAUGCUCAAGUGCCAAGAUGAAAUGGGUCUCAAACUCCUUUGUGUAGAAGAGAGUGGUGGGAAGCUGCUUUUCUCCUGAACCUGCAAGACAUGACCACAGUCUUUUUUGUGAAGAGAUGACUUCUGUUUUACAUAUGAAGUUCCUACUAAGACAAUGAGAUCUGAACAAAAUAAGCAAUUCCAUAUUUAGAGCCAAUAUGGUCAAUGCAUUUUCCUGUUCUACUGUUUUUAUUGAAGAUGGCAUAGCACUUAAAUUAUUUUUGUCUUCAUAUAAUAUCCUCUUCUGAUUGUAAGACUCAUCGGAUCUGUGCACGUUACAUGUUCUCAGCAGUCUAGUUAUGCAUCGCCUUUCCAUUUUUAGCUUGGCUCUGAAUUCACUGGAGUCUGAUAAAAACAAAUAUGGAAUAUUAUCUGUUGUGCAAAUAUCAGUUCUAUUUGUUUGAAAAUACUGGCAGUGUUUCUACUGGAUCAUGAGGAGGUAGUUAUAAGGACUAUAGUUUUGGAGAAAAACACAUUGAUUCUGAGUCACAGCUACAGUGAUCUUGAACACUGAGAUUUUCAUGCCUGUGCUUGGAAAGAGGCUGCCUCCUAUCAGCUAUGAGAUACCAGGGAUGAGAUCCUCACAUGGUUAUGAUUUCUCAGUCUUAAGUGAAGGAAAGUGACAGAAGGGCAGUCUCAGCAAUUAGUAGAGUUUAAGGAAGACACUGGAAAGCAAAUAUCGUUACAGAUUUGAGUCUGAGCUGUGCUGCUUCUGUGGUUUUAAAGAAUAGAGACUUGAAGUCUGGGAGAGUCCCACUCACUAAACCUUGCUGACUCAUAUUCUUGGAUAGCUUGGCUAUUAUGCAUGUAUGUGGUUAUGCAUAUGAAUAUGGAAAAUUACCCCUUUACGCCACCUCCUGCAUUUGGUUUUGAGAAGCCUAGCACCGUCCACUCUGUUUAAGAAAAAGUCAUCUUUAAGACUUAGGAUCUUGCAAACAGUAUAAAAUUGCUGCUCUCUUCGCCCUCUUCCUUUAAAAGACUGCAGGUGAACUUGCCUCUGCAGGGACCUUAAUUCAAACCUUGCUCUUAUUUUCUCUGACCCUGACAAACAUCUUUCUUGUUAUCACAAUUCUGGACUGACACGCUGCUCUCUGUAGAUGCAACUGCUGCUGAACAUGCUAAGGUGAACAAGAGAGAAAAAAGAAUAAGAGGUACUGCUAUGUGGAUAUUUGUUAGCAAUGACUGAUGUGGAAUCAACAUAUGCAGACUUUAUUGCUUCAGGAAGAACAGGUAGAAGAAAUGCAUUACAUGACAUCCUUGUGUCCUCUCCGGGUGGGAACUCCAGUGAACUAGCCUUAAAGUUAUCAGAGCUUGAUAUAAACAAAACAGAAGGAGAAGGAGAUGCACAACGAAAUCCAAGUGAGCAAACCGGGGAGGCUCAAGGGGAGGCAGCAAAGCAAGAAAGCUGACAUCCAACUUUGACCGAGUGGAGCAGCUGCUGGAUGUUUUCAGGCUACAGGAGUGUGCUGGAACAAAUUUGUUUCCACGAGCAAGCUGGUAGAAAAGAAAGUGCAUGUGUCUUCACUGCUGGAAUCCACUCAACACAAUGCUAAAAUUCUGGGUACAAGCUGUGACAGAAGACAGAAUUUUCUCUACCUCUGUCAUUAGCAAUGGUUGAACAUGUAUUGAUUUUCUGGGAUAGUGUCAUCAGAUGGAUCCCUUCAUAAUGACUACUCGAUGGGAACACUUUUAGAAAGUAGAACAGGUAAAUCUUGUAGCAAAUGGCCUUUGAAGCAUCAGAGGAUCUAAUUGUGUAUCUUAAGCAAAGGCUUUUGUGAUCCUCAGAGUUUAAAAUUCUCUGGCCAAAGUGUUUGCCCAUUAUAAGAACUGUAAAGAAAACACUGUUUUUAGAAUUUUGCAUCUGUUUUACAGCUCUGUUAUUUACAAUGGUUUUUGUAUUGUACAACUUAGAUGCUCCACACUGCCCCUUCUCAACUGCUUAUGAAGAAUAUUUCUGUUACUGUGAAUUUUUCUACCACACGUUUUGAAAGGGCUGGUUUUUUUGCAUAAGGUGGUGAUGUGCACAUGAUAGAUCUAAACGUCAACCGCUAAAUUGAUUAUGCCUAAACCUAAAUGACUCAGCAACACUCUAAUUUGUUACUAGAUGAGCCUUCAAAACGAUUUAUUAAUGUGAAUACUUGAGCGUGUGUUGUGUCCUUGGUACAGUUUUGCCACUCGCCUGUAGUUAGUUACACAUCAGAGACUCAAAUUGGAUCUUUUAUGUUAUUCUUGCCCAUUUUUCUAAUUUUGGUCCCAAUUUCUUAAUCUUUCUCUGAGAUAUUUUUUUAAAAUGUUAUUCCGAGUAUUUUAUUGUUAUGGUAGUUUUAAGGAUACAAUUAUAACCUUAUAUGGGUUAUUCAAACGAAUUCCAUGGUGCUAGAGGUUUUCCUGAUUCACAUUGUAAAAGAUAGGCCUUGUUUACACAUGGGAAAAUAACUGGCAUAGGUUAUUGCCAAUUAUGUAUUCUGAAAUGAGUUUUAGAAUGCAGUAUAGUCCAAUGAGUGGCUCCUGGGCUGGAUCCAGCAAGGGGCUGGAUUUUUACUAUUCCUUGCCUUUGCCUCAGUUGACCAGGCUGCUGAGUUUGCACAGCCAGUAGCCUGCUACUGAUGCACCAGAACAGCCAAGUGCUAGAAUCUGCUACAGUAGCCUUGUGGCUUGGAGUUGGAAAGGGAGGUGAGAGACUUGGCAUCUAGCACCCAAAGACUAAGAUUUUUUUCCCAUUUCAUCUAUUCCAAAAUGACAGUCCAAACUGGGCCUUCAUCAAAAUACCAGGAUAGCUUGUCCAUCCAGGACAUCACUUAAAAUAUCUACAAAUUAAUAACCUGUUCUGCAGUAGCUAUUGCUGAUUGAUUUGUUUUUCCCCCUCGUCCUGCCCCAAUACACAAGGCCAUACAUGAGGCUGAAUGCUGCAAAAUGGGGCAGCCACACCUCUGUGUGACUAAGGUGAGUGAAGAGAGUGACUGAUAGUAAACCAUGGCAAUCACACAAGCACCAAUCACAAGGUCAGAAGAUUUGUUUUCUUUUAUUAAUAGGAGGUGAUGUCACUUUAUAUAUAGUAUAUAUAUAUUAUAUAUAUUUUUGUGUUGUUGGUUUCAAAUGUUAUGCACUUUUUAAUGUUUGUAAACUUUUACUAAUGAAUAGUGUGAUUGCUUCCUGAAUAUAUUAAUCAUCAGUUAACAAAACAUCUUUGUGGCCACAGCUGUUUGUUUCUACCAUAUGUAUCAUAGUACUUGUCACCUGAAAAUUUUUUGUGAGAUAUGUGGAGGAAAAAAACCCACUUCUGAUCAGUAUUAUGAGAUCAUUUAUUAGUGUUAAUAAAAACAAGCCAGCCGUAUGCUUGUGGCUCAUGCGUGUAAUAUUAACUCUCACCUUCUAGUGUUUGGAAGCUGAAUGCCUUGCUGUCUUAUUAGCUGUCAAAUGCCCUCUCUUCUUGGUAAGAGAAGUAGUCCAAUUGCUUUGGAAAUACUGUUAUCCUUAAACAAUUCUUAUUCAUUUGUUUCACUUGGUGUUCUUUUCAAACUUAACACAUUAUUAUUGACCUUUUUUAAAAUUAUUUCUCCCCCUUUUGCUCUUGCAUCAAGUCUUCAAGCUGAACUGGCUGCCCUUUGUCGUGGACUAGUUACUGUCAAUCUAGCACAAAUGCCAGAAGGAAAUAGGAUUCUAGAGUUUUUUUAUAGUGUUACUAUAUUGAUGAUCCAUGAAACAUCAUCAGUAAAUGUUGCAGAAAAAUGCAAUAGUGAAAUAAAUAUUUACAGUAUAUUAAAGUGAUGGUUUUCCUUAUUUUCCUUCACUGCUUUUCUUUAUUUUAGUAUACUUUCCUUCUUAAUUAUUUUGUGUUGUUAAAUAAAAUUAAUUUCAGCCUUUCCUCUCUGUUUUGUACCUGUUUCUUCUGUUUCUCAUCUUUUUUUGUUUCUUGUUUUUCAACAAAUUAUGGAGGCUUUUGCUGGUUUUUGAAACCCAUUUCUUUGUGAUGGAAAAUAGCGCUGUUAAUUUUAGUGGAGUAAAAGGCUAUUUAUGUUCCUCUUCCCCCAAAAGUGUAUAAGUGCUUGAUUUAUCACUUGAACUGUACUUGCUGUCUUAAUUUUGGAUAUUUCUGUAUCAUCUAUAAGCUAGCCUCACUUAAUGUAAACAUGUGUUUAGUCUGUGCCAAGUCACAGCACUGUAUCUUGAGUAUUAUUGUUGCUAAAGCAAUUACAGAAGAGCUACUUUAAAUAUAUUCACACCUUUACUUCUGUGUAAUUGCAUCAUAUACUAGGGACACUGAUGGCAGAACCAGACGUUGACUGGGUUGUUUUUGCUUUUCUUAGUUAUCUUUUUCAGUUCACCUGAUACUCUGGCUUCUCUUCCAGUAUCUUCUUUCUAUUUUAUUGUGUUCAUGAUAGUUAAAUGUCUGUUUAAUCCAUGCUUAUCUUAGAAAGAUCUUCACAAAAAGCUAUAUAAACACAAUAAAGCCAGGUCUGGAAUAUCA